AUGGCUAUGGCAACACAAGCCUCUCUCUUCACACCACCACUCUCAACUCCUAAAACAUGGAAACAACCCUCAACUCUAUCUUUCAUCUCUCUUAAACCCAUCAAAUUCACACCAAGAACAACAAAAAUUUCUGCUACAGAAGACAAAACCGAUGCAAAAACCGAUGCAAAAACCGAUGUAGCAACGAAAGAAGCACCAGUUGGAUUCACCCCACCUCAGCUAGACCCAAACACACCAUCUCCAAUUUUCGGUGGAAGCACCGGUGGACUAUUGCGUAAGGCCCAGGUUGAAGAAUUCUAUGUUAUCACAUGGGAAUCACCUAAAGAACAGAUUUUUGAGAUGCCAACCGGUGGUGCAGCUAUAAUGAGAGAGGGUCCUAAUCUUCUCAAAUUGGCUAGGAAAGAACAGUGUUUGGCUUUAGGAACUAGAUUAAGGUCAAAGUACAAGAUUAAGUAUCAGUUUUAUAGGGUUUUCCCUAAUGGUGAAGUUCAAUAUUUGCAUCCUAAGGAUGGUGUUUAUCCAGAGAAGGUUAAUCCAGGUCGUCAAGGGGUUGGUGUCAAUCUCAGGUCUAUUGGGAAGAAUGUUAGCCCAAUUGAGGUUAAGUUUACUGGUAAGCAACCUUAUGAUGUUUAA